ACGUGUUGUGUUUUUCGAGUGGACUGGUCAGGAAGUUUACCUAAAGCUCUUCACUAAACUGGGGAGAACGUAGACAUUAAAAUGGGUAAAAAACUAAAGGUCGGAAAGACCAGAAAAGACAAAUUUUACCAUUUGGCUAAGGAGACAGGGUACAGAUCUCGUUCGUCUUUCAAGCUUAUUCAACUGAACCGUAAAUUUCAGUUUCUACAGAAAGCCAGGGCUCUGGUGGAUCUUUGUGCGGCGCCUGGAGGAUGGUUGCAGGUGGCGUCCAAGUUUAUGCCUGUAUCCAGCCUCAUUAUUGGUGUGGAUCUGGUGCCAAUUAGGCCUAUCCCAAAUGUGGUGGCCCUACAGGAGGACAUCACAACAGAAAAGUGCAGACAGGCUCUGCGGAAAGAGCUGAAGACCUGGAAAGUGGAUGUGGUCCUCAAUGACGGAGCCCCCAACGUGGGCGCUAACUGGCAGCAUGAUGCCUUCUCUCAGGCCAACCUCACUCUCAUGGCACUGAAGCUGGCCUGCGAGUUCCUGAACAAAGGGGGUACGUUCGUCACCAAGGUGUUCCGCUCCAAAGACUACCAGCCCCUGCUCUGGAUCUUCCAGCAGUUCUUCAAGAAGGUCACAGCCACCAAGCCCCAGGCCUCCCGUAACGAGUCCGCUGAGAUCUUCGUCAUCUGCAAUGGUUUUCUGGCUCCUGAUAAAAUCGAUAACAAGUUCUUUGACCCCAAACACGCAUUCAAAGAGGUGGAGGUGCAAGUGAAAACAGUCAAAGAGUUGGUCACCCAGAAGAAACCAAAGGCUGAGGGCUACGAUGAUGGAGAUCUCACUCUCUAUCACACCUUCUCCGUCAGUGAGUUCCUACGGGUAGAGAACCCGGUGGACUUCCUCAGCAAAGCCAGCGAGAUCACAUUUGACAACGCUGAGCUGGAGUCCCACACUGCCACUUCUGAGGAAAUCAAGGAGUGUUGUCGGGACAUUAAAGUCCUUGGACGCAAAGAGCUCCGGUUGCUGCUCUCCUGGAGGGCCAAGCUGAGGAGGUUUUUGUCCAAGAAGCUGAAGGAGGGCGCCAAGCAGACUGGCCAGGAGAUCAGUCUGGGCUCAGAUGAGGAGAGUGGCUCUGAUGGGGAGGAGGAUGAGGGCCCAAAGGCAGAGUCUGCUGCUGCAGGUGGUGAUGAUGAAGAUAAGGAUGAUGAAGAGGAUGAGAUGGAUAAGAAGCUGGCCUCGCUGAAAGCAGAGGAGAUUGCGGAGCUCAAACGUAAGAAGAAGAAGAUCCUGAAGGAGAGGCGUAAGCAGAGGGAGAGGGUUGAGCUGAAGAUGGAUCUACCAGGCGUCUCCAUCGCAGACGAGAAGGACUCUUCCAUGUUCUCCCUCAGCACCAUCAAGAAGGCCAAGGCCUUGUGUGCGGUGAGUGGAGGGGACAUGAAGGCUGCCGACGCGCUCCUGAACGAGGGCGAGGAGGCGGAGGAUGACGUGUACCUGUCUGACGACGACGGCGUGGAUAAGAUCUCGCUGGCCUCCGACCUGGACUCAGACGACAUGGAGGAAGUGGAGCAGCUGGAGAAGGAGCUGGACCAGAAGAAGCCCAAGAAAAAGGUGUCCUUCAAUGCCCCUGAGGAUGAUGAGGAGGAGGAGGAAGGCAAGGGCAACGAGCUGCUGGUGGACCUGGAGGACCAGGAUGAGAAGAGGGAGCGCGAGACCAGCAUGUGGUUCAGCAAGGGGAUCUUCUCUGAGCUGGAGAUGGACCAGGAAACCGAUGCCGUCAACGAGAUCAGGCAAACGCAGAAACUGCAGGAGAAACAGGCCACAGGUAAAGGCCGUAAGAGGAAAGCUGAGGAGGAGCUCUCAGCAGAACAGGAGGAGGAGGAGGAGGAAACGGCGGGACCUUCACAGGAGAUGGAGCAGGAACAGGAACAGGACGAGGAGAGCGACAGCGACUCUGACGACAGCACCGACGAUGAAAAUGACAUUGCUCAAAUGAAGAGGUCGGCGGGGUCGCGUGGUGACCAGGGAGACGGUGGGGAUGAGGAUGACUUCCAGGUGGUGCCGGUGGAGAGCACUAGUAAGAAGGCGCGCAUCCUGACUCCAGAGGGGCUGGCCCUAGGAACGGAGAUCGCCACCUCCAAGAAGAAAACCAGGGAUCUGGUCGACGGAUCCUUCCACAGGUUUGCGAGCUCGGAUGAGAAGUGGACCGUGCCAGCGUGGUUCGCGGACGACGAGAAGAAGCAUCGCCGGAAGCCCAUCCCCCUCUCCAAGGAGAUGGUGGAGGAGUACAAGCAGCGCUGGAGGGAGAUCAACUCCAGACCCAUCAAGAAGGUCGCAGAGGCCAAGGGCCGCAAGAAGAGACGGAUGCUGAAAAAGAUGGAACAGGCCAAGAAGAAGGCUGAGGCGGUGGUGAACACCGUGGACAUCUCAGAAAGAGAGAAGAUGGCCCAGCUCAGAACCAUCUACAAGAAGGCAGGCGUGGGCAAGGAGAAGCGCGAGGUGACCUACGUGGUGGCCAAGAAGGGCGCGGGCCGCAAGGUGCCCCGGCCGUCGGGCGUCAAGGGCCUCUUCAAAGUGGUGGACUCCCGCAUGAAGAAGGACAUGCGCGGCCAGCAGAGGGCGGAGCAGCGCGGGGCCAGGGGGGCCAAGGGAGGACGAGGAGGGGGUAGGGGAGGUGGCGGCGGAGGGAGAGGAGGCUUUAAGGGCAGGGGAGGUGGAGGUAGAGGUGGAGGCGGUGGUGGCCGAGGGAUGGGCCAGAGGGCUGGAGGCGGUGGCAGAGGAGGCGGUGGCAGAGGAGGCGGGGGCAGAGGAGGAAGAGGACGCAAGUAAAUGUGGAAGUAUGCCCUGACCUCCCCCUCCCCACAGACAUCUUGCCCUCCUCAACUCCUCACACUUUCUGUGACUUUUGAUUGACUGUUUCAGUCCAGUUCUUGGAAAUAAACGGUCUUUACUGCCUGGGAAUGGAGCUAAAUACCCACUGAACCGCACUUCACAUUCAGAAAUGUGGUGUGUUGUGGGUACUUUUGUUAUUUUCUAUGGUCAAGAUAUCUCCUUGACGACCUGCUGGAGGUUUAAAAACUUUGCCUCCUGAGAGGCGAGAAGCGUGGUGUUGUGUGUAAAGCAGUCACUGUAAUGUCUGUCUAUGUACACAUGCGUGCGUGCGCUGUUGUCGUACACCAGUCUGUAUGAGAGGUGAAAUGUAUGGUGGAAAGACAUCUCUCUGAUAAAUACUUAACUGUACAAAUGGGUUUGUACUGUUUGGCUACUGUGCAUCAGUUGCAAAUCAUUGUAAGCAAGAAUAAAUUACAAGAAUUGUAAAUCUUUUCAAUAAAUUCGUUGAAAGCUUUGAA